AACGCGUCAGAUUCAAUGCUCACUUCAAUGCUAGGUUCAGAAGUAGUUGCGGCUUGGGCUGUUGGGCAAGCGAAGGAACAUGAACAGUGCUCAACAGGUUUAAUGACAUGCCAGGCCCGAGCUUUACUCCCCAACCAUCCCCAUAUCCAAAUCCAAAUCCAUUCAGUUCUUCUUCCGGAUUUCCGAUUUCUGCCGGGCGCCCAAAAUUUCUUCGCAUGGUGCUGUCCCCGGAGAUUUCCACCAUAGCUAGUCUGGAGGAGACGAGCGGCCCAUGGAAUUCCUUGGCGACGCUGAACUAUCAGGGUGCGCACAAAGCCUUGUUCCGCCACCCUCUGCUGAAUCAAGGAGGACCGUCGGCGAGAUAGACCAAAAUGGCUCGGUGUCAUCUGGAUUUAUGUCCAGGCUAGGGGUGCUAGAGAGAAUCGGGUGCUCCAUCGGAGAAGCAUGUUCAGGUCCCGAUACGUGCUGCAAGAGCGGUGGUGCUCGAGAGCUCUGGCGCCCAAGGAUCCGCCUCAUCUCAGGCUAGUGCAGAUGACGCUGUUGUGGGGGAUUCGGGAGGCAAAGAUGAGGUCGCUGAGGCAACAUCUGGAUGGACUAAAAGGGUGAGAAUAGGGAGGGCUGCCACUGAAAGGGAGUUCAAUCCAAAUAGGAAAAGUGCUCUGGAAAUAUCCGUUAGAGAAUUUGUUGAGCGCAAGGAGGGAGUUGUAAUUAACCCAACUGUUGGCAAAUCGUUUGAUUCACUGGACGAGGCUUACGAAUUCUACAACCUAUAUUCGUGGGAAAGCGGAUUCGGUGUUAGGUUCGCAAAGAGUCGUUUGAACGUUCACUGAAUGAAGUGCAUGCAGGAAAUCGUUUGUGCCUGCGCGGGGAAGCCCGUUAAAGAAAACAGCAGGUCCACCAGGUGCGAGUGUACAGCGAUGAUCAGAUUGUUGAGGUCGUCCGACAAUGGAUGGUACAUAUGCGAGCACCGUACAGUUCACAACCACCGGGUGUCCCUGACUUGCGGAGAGAAGUUGCAUUGGAAAUCUCAUAGGCACAUCGACAGGUACACUCGAAAUCUGGUGCAACAGCUCAGGGAGAAUAAUGUUAGCCUUAGCAAAGUGUACAGUAUUGUUGGAAGUUUUUUUUGGCACAUUGGAGAAUGUACCAUUCACCAAGAGGGCUUUGCGCACUUUGUGUGGCAAGUUGAGCAGGGAGCAAUCGGACAACGAUGCAACCAAGACAGAGUAAAUAAUCACUUCCAGAGUAUUAUAUUUGGUGGUUUCAUGAUGAGGGACGAGAAGGUCGAAAGUUUCAAAUGGGUGUUCAAGGAAUUUAUCAGAAUGUUUGGUGGGAAGCCUCCACUAACUAUACUAACAGACCAAGCUCGCGCUAUUGAGUUGGCGAUUAUUGAUGAACUGCCUCACACAACUCACCGGUGGUGCAAGUGGCACGUUCUUCGGAAGGCUAAGGAGAGCCUUGGAGUACUGUAUGGCAAGAAAUCAGAGUUCAAGACGGACUUCCACAUGCUUGUUCACCAUGUUUUGACGGUAGAAGAAUUUGAAACUGGGUGGGGUGAUAUGCUAACAAAGUAUGGUUUGCAGAAGCAUCCAUUCCUGACCCAGGUCUAUGAAGUGCGGAAGAAGUGGGCCAAGCCUUACUUCAUGGGAGUGUUCUGUGCGAAGAUGACCAGUACACAGAGGAGUGAAAGUGCCAAUCACCUACUGAAGGGAUACAUCCCACCUGGUUGCCCAAUGCAUCUAUUUGUUAAGCAGUUCGAGAAGAUACAGUUUGAUCGCGAGUCUGAGGAGAGUUAUCAGGAAAAGAGGACAUCAAUAGCAGGAAUUGUUCUGAAGGGGAACUUUCCCCUUGAAUGGCAUGCAAGCAGAAUUUACACCAGAACUAUGUUUGAGCAGUUUGGAGACGAGUUGUACAAAUCCGGCUCUUAUGACAUCGAGGAAGUUGUUCCACACAAAAUUUAUUUUGCACACCAUGUUGACUCGGCAUCAAGAGAGAAAUGGUGCAGAGUUACCUUCAAGGUAGAAACAAACGAGACGAAGGAUGAAUUCCUAUGUGAGUGUGGGUUCUUUGCCCACUCUGGGAUGCUUUGCUGCCAUGCGAUCAAGGUUAUACUACAUCUCCGCCUUGGUGAGAUCCCAGCGAAACAUGUUGUCAAGCGUUGGACUAGGGAUGCGCGGGACAUACUCCCUGAGGAUCUAGUAAUGUAUCAAAACGAUCAAGGGCGGCCCAAAUCAGAUACGACAAGACACACCAAGCUUUAUUUAUCUGCACUAGAGCUUGUUCAAAUGGGUGAUGCAAAUGUACAGUCUUAUGAAGCAGCCAUGUUACUGCUGCAACAAGCUAAAGCAAAGCUGGCACCGACCUCUGCUGAACAAGAUGGUAUGGGUGUUGCAGAUAGGGAAGCUGCAGCACUAGCUGAUAGAGUGGAAGGCGGUGAGUUAGAUGGAGACGACGGCGUCAUCUCUUCAAUCAGCGCCCCAAAACGGAAGAGAACAAUGGGAAGGCCAACCACAAGCCGGGACAAGCCGCCUUAUGAGAAGCCCGUGAAACAGUCUAGAUUCUGUAAAAUUUGUCGAAAGGAAGGUCAUAAGAGCACCACUUGUCCUGACCGCGGCGACCUCUCAAAACCUCCCAGGAAAGCUCCCAAGUGUUCAAAUUGUGGUGUGCUUGGUCACAGGAGAAGUAGCUGUGGCAAGGAAAUACUGUAGACACGAUUGAAUUGUUUCACUUGAGCCAGGAUAUUUCCUCCCUUGUUGAAUACUAGUACAACUAAAUAUUGUGUACGGUACUAUUAAGUCAAUUAUUAGUUGACAGUGUGUUGGUGCGCCUAGUAUCAACUUAUGAUAUGAUGAUUAGAAUUAUAGAUCGUCAGUUAAGAAUCUAUAAACAUAUGUCUGGUUCGUUGUCAUGAUGAUAGUUAUUGAGAUUGAGGUCGA